UCGUUCAGUUUCCGGGCGAGAGUCGCGCAGUCCGCUUGUUUCGCGACGCGACUCCGUCACGUAUUAGAUAGUUAAUUUCUAGCCGCCACCAUGCUGAUAGGACUCGUUCGUGACUCGGUGAUGCAGUGCUUCUGCCACUCAUGCAGAGCGCCUGUACUCCCAGCAGCGCAUCGGCGGUCAGCACCAGUGAAGAAACCCGUCGGAAAACCAAGAACCAAACAACCAAAGAAAGUCAAAUUCAUCACCACUGAAAUCCGCUGCCAAGAGAUGUCGAAGGGCGGUCUGGCGUACGAGGUGAUCCUCGCGGAGCCUGUGGGAGUGCCGGUCCCGCGCCGUGCGGACUCGCCUGAGAAAACUCCCUCUGUGGAAGAGAUCCAGGAGAAACUUAAAGCCGCGGAGGAGAGGAGACGUAGUCUAGAAGCAAGCAAGAUGGCAGCGAUCGCCCAGAAGAUGGCGAAGAUCGAAGAGGCGUCCAAGAUUCGCAGCGAACAGACGAACAACUUCAUCUCCACGACCAAGGAGGCGUUGGACGCGAAGAUGGACUCGCACGAGGAGAAGCGCGAGGCCUACAUCAACGAGCUGAGAGCGAGGCUCAAGGACCACCUUGAAGGUGUUGAGAAGACCCGGUUGACUCUGGAGCAGCAGACCGCCGAGGUGUACAAGGCGAUCGAAGACAAGAUGACCACCGCGGCUGACAAGCGCGACGAGAACAUCAAGAAGAUGCUCGAGCGUCUGCGCGAACAUGAGGAGCAGGUGCGCAAGGUGCGCGCGGGCAACCAGGAGCGGUUCCAGCAGCUGGAGAGCGCGAUCCAGGACAAGCUGCAGCAGGCCGCCGAGCGCCGUCUGCAGCUCGAGCACGAGCAGAAGGAGAAGCUGCGCAACCACAACAAUAAGCUGGCUGAGGUGCGUUCAGUGCUCUCAGCGAAGGUGGAAGAGAUCACGAAGGACAUCGAGACGAAGCUGACCGCUGCAGAGAUCAACCGCGAGAAGGAGAUGCAGAGGAAACUCGACUUUGUUAAGAAGGAGGAGCGGCGUGCUGAGCUAGUCCGGCAGAACAAGAGCGCGCGUGCUGAGUCCGACGCGCCCACGUCUGGCUAGACCCCCCCCCCCGCACCUCACACCCGCCCCCCACACCCGCCACACGCUACAGCUCAGCGGUCAGCAGUUCAGCGGUUCAGUGAUUGCUGAUUGACAGCAAAUAGUUCAGUGAUUGCUGAUUGAGUACAUGUGGUUCAGCGGUUCAGUCAACGUCAAAACAUGUAUACAGAUAUAUAUAUAAAACAGUCGCAAAAGUUAAAUGUGUUAUCAGCAAAUACUGUACUACAUAAGUCGAGUGAAUAUUUACAGUAAAAAUACUCGAAAUUCGAACAUAAAACGGAAUUGUUGACUAAAUGUUGCUGAUCUCUAUUGAACUGCUGAGCAUUUAAUUCUAUAUAAAUAUAAUUUACACCAAGAGCGUAUGAGGAUUUGUAAAAAAGUCAGUUUAAAAAAACUGUAAAGUUUGGGCCAUAUAAUCGCAAUAUUUUUAUCUACACUGCCAUAAUCUGAACAUCAACACAUGCGGAAUUAAUUAGUUUUAAAUAGUCCAGUAUAGCGUUUGGCGUAUGGCAAUAAUACAUAGGGUUACUAUCACUCCUGUGUCUAGGCACUUUCAAACUAACGUAUUGUUGCCAGUUAAGGGCGGGGUUCGGCGAAUAAAUAGAAUUAUAGCAACACUGUGUUUACAUAACGAUAAUGUAACAUCAGUGCCCUCGUAACUUGCUUUCUCGUUUUGAGGUCAACUCGACUUAGGAAUUAUUUCACGUGGCAACAUCGCUGACACAGGCCUAUUAAAUAAAAAUUAUAAAAAAAAAAUUAGAUGUGUCAUUACACGGGGAGCGUUCAUACAAUGUAGACGUAAUUGGUCGGGCUGAGAUGGAUAUUGGGGGUAAUUAAUUCGAAAUACAUGAUUAUAUAUUGUAUGAAUAGUUCCCGAUCAGAUUUUAGUACGUGAUUACGUAUGUCACGUACUAAAAUAUGGUUUUAGGGUUCUCAAUUAAUGGUAUGGUAACUAACGCUAGUAAUACGGAACCCGUUGCUUAGCAAGUGAGAACGAGGUGGUUUUUUAAUAAUAAAUAGGUAAUAGACUUAUAUCAUUAUUUUUAAAUGUACGCAGCAGUAUUUUAGGAUGGUUAAAUAAAUUUAAGUUCUCUUGUGGUUAAACGGCUUGUAUGUGGUAGGGGACUUGGAUGAUAUUUAAAGUAUAUAAUCUUUUCAGUAACAAUAUCGAAUGAAGAAUUCUCGGUGAAUUAAUGUGAGGCUAUGUUAAAAAUGCUGCUUGGUUGAAAGUUGUCAUCUAAAGUAACCCUUACCAUAUAGCAGCCAAUGUUAAGUCACUUUUAAACACUGUCACUCUAUAGACUGCAUAAUAUAAUUUGUAUAGUAUCUAUCGGUUGGGUUUGGGAGUGGUAUGCCCGGUCUAGAUGCAUUUAUUUGUGGCACAAAAUAAACGCAGGCCUCGUUUUACCCAUUGACAAUAUAAGCGUAAAUUGUAAUUUUCAAAUAGCUUGCGUUUAUCAGCAUUUAUUGUGAUAUCUAGUCCAGAUAAUGAUAAGUCAUUUUUCAUAAUUCGCACCAAAAUAGCAACUGCGUUGAAUAACUGAAAUAAUUUGCAAUCAUAUUCGAAAUUCAAUAUUUUCGCGCCAUUCAUUUCACUUCUGAAUUAAAAAAAAUUGUCUAUGACACGAUGGUAUAAGGCCAUGAUCUCAACUGCACAACAUGGGAGAAACAGCAAAAGUGCCUGAAUAUCUGCUAACGUAAAACUUGCCUUUUAGCGUUUUAUAUUUUUUUAUUGGUAGUCAACGCCGGGCCGGUAUCGGUGGUUUGGACAACAGCUUCUGUGAUGUUUCGCUAUAGGAUAAAAUCGAUUAGGCACAAAUUAUAUCCACAACCAUAUCUGGUGUCGUUCGAUUGUAUCGGUACGCGCUACGACCACGCGGGAACGGAAGAGAUAGUAUAUAUUUUUGCCAUUCGUUUCGAUAAUAAUGUAUAUAAUAAGGAGGUACAGCUUGUGCGGCGGGGCGAGGACGCUUGCCAGCUUCUACUCGUGUGACGCUGUCGAGUAAGGUUAGGUGUAAGUUAGCUUGUUUUCGAAGACGUGACGAACCUUUGACCAAUUUGCCUUGGAUAUUGUGUAGCAUUUUAGACUCGAGAGAUCGAGACGAAUCAUGUAUAGCAUCGCUUUCGAUAAUUAUUAAUUUUUAUUUUCGUAAUGUUAGUCCCUCUUAUGGUGUUAUUAUAUGUUAAUUUUAUAUUUUAUGUAAUUGAUAAUGUGCUUCAGUUUGUGAGGUAUAUGAAAUUGCUGUUUGAAGUGCAGGCAACUUUUGUAGUUUCAUUGUCGUAUUGAUUAAAGUCAUAAAUACUAACAA